AUGCAGCAGCUCGCUCUCCAGCUUCUACGCGCGCUUGCUCUGGCGAUUGGCGUCAAAGAGGACUUCUUCGUCUCGCAUUUUUUUGAGCCGCUGAGUGUAUUCCGCCUAAUCCACUACCCUGGCCUACCGGAGCAGAAGGGCAGGCGUGUGGUGUGCGGCGAGCACACGGACUACGGUAUCCUGACGCUGCUGUACCAAGACAAACACGGCGGCCUCCAGGUGCGCGACUUGUCGGGUGAGUGGAUGGACGCGCCGCCAGUGGAUGGCAGCUUCGUUGUGAACAUCGGCGACAUGAUGGAGAUGUGGAGCAACGACCGCUACAAGUCGACGGCACACCGUGUGCUUAAUCCCGGUGUGGACCGCAUCUCGAUGCCGUUCUUCUGCGAGCCGAACCCGGACACACUCAUCACAUGCCUCGACAACUGCUACUCGACGGAGAACCCCGCAAAGUACCCCCCUGUGACGGCCUCCACGUGGUUGCAGAAGCGGUUCGCACAGACGUACGCGUACCGCAGCGCGACGUGA